GAAGCAAAGUUAUGAACAGAUUCCAAACUGAACAUGAUAUGCUAUUCCUCAUGCUUCUUAAGAAUGCAACGGUGGUUCGUAUUCUCCUUUCUUUUUCUUCUUAUUCAUCAAGAUUUCUCAAAGGGAAACAGCUCCAUUUGUUCAAAAACUGUGUUUUUGGACAAUUUCGGCAGCCGGGUUAGAUGGUGCAGCACCUGCUUCACGGAAUACUUUUUGUAACAAUACAUGAGAUUAAUUAUCUUGAGUACGGAUGGGCAGACAAUUUAUGCCGUGAGAAAAUGGGACCAAACAAAUUCAGGAAAAGAUGUUUAGGCCUACUCAAGAGAAUGGCUUUAGGACCAAGAAUCUACGCAACAGUUGAUUUGGACAAGGCGAGAGUGGGAAGGACAACAGUCCUGACUGACAAGUCCUCCCAUCCGAUUUUCGAACAGAAUUUCCGGAUAUACUGUGCUCAUUUGAUCUCCGAGAUUAUCUUCACCGUCAAGGAUGACAGUCCGUUCGGAGCAGUGAACAUCGGAAGAGCUUAUCUACCGGUUAAUGAGUCCAUCAUCCAUGGAAAUAGAUUUGAAACAUGUGUUAACAUACUAGACGAGAACAAAAACCCUGUGCCGGGACAAUCACAAAUCCGAGUGUCCCUUCAAUAUGUUGAUGUUAAAAUUGAAGAACACAGCCAUUGGUCUCGGGGGAUCGAAGGUCCAAACUUCAGCGGAGUCCCCUCCACGUACUUCAACCAAAGAGAAGGUUGCAGGGUCACUCUGUACCAGGAUGCCCAUGUUUCAAUGAAUUUUAGCCCGUCCAUCCGACUUGAUGGAGGAAAGGAUUACCAGACAGGGAGAUGCUGGGAGGAUAUUUACAGAGCAAUUUCCGAUGCCCAACAUUUUAUUUAUAUUGCAGGAUGGUCACUGUAUACUGAAAUUGUCCUGGUAAGGAAUGAAACCACUGGAAUCAAACUGGGUGACCUGCUCAAGAAGAAGGCGAAAGCUGGAGUUACAGUUCUGUUACUUGUUUGGGAUGACCGAACAUCCGUUAACGUACUCCAGGAAGCCGGUCUGAUGGCAACUCACGACGAGGAAACUGACAAUUUCUUCCGGUUUUCGAAGGUGCAUUGUGUGCUUUGUCCCCGGAAUCCUGACGAUAAAAGAAGCAUAUACCAGGGGAUUAAGAUUUCCACCAUGUUCACUCACCAUCAGAAGACGGUGAUUGUCGAUGGUGAAAUAGCCGGCCACAGUGGAUCGGGAAUGCGGACGAUUGUUAGUUUUGUAGGCGGGAUUGAUCUUUGUGGUGGGAGGUACGAUACCCAGGAGCAUCCCCUGUUCAGGACUCUGGGUCACGACGGAGUUCAUCAUUUUGAUUUCCAUCAACCGAACUUUGUCGGCGCUUCGGUUGAGAAAGGCGGUCCGAGGGAACCCUGGCAUGAUGUCCACUGCAAACUGGAAGGACCAGUUGCUUGGGAUGUCCUGUACAAUUUCGAACAGAGGUGGAGAAGGCGAGCCCGGUUGAAGAGAAGAUACCUAAUCGAAAGAGAAAGUCUCCAUACUUAUAUAAUCCAUCCAUCACGGGCGGUGGUUGAAGACAGCGAGUCAUGGAACGUCCAGUUAUUCCGAUCAAUUGACGGCGGAGAUGUUAACUUUCCCUCCGCUGAACGUGGUCUCGUUAGUGGUAAAAAUAAUAUCAUUGAUCGGGGCAUUCAAGAUGCAUACAUCAAUGCAAUUAGGCGAGCAAAGAAUUUUAUAUACAUUGAAAAUCAAUAUUUCCUCGGAAGCUCCUUUGCUUGGAAGUCACAGGACAUUAAGGUGGAGGACAUUGGUGCUCUGCAUCUAAUACCGAGGGAAUUAUCGUUGAAGAUUGUGAGUAAGAUUGAAGCAGGGGAGAGGUUUACUGUCUACAUUGUGAUCCCAAUGUGGCCAGAGGGGAUACCGGAGGGUGCAUCUAUCCAGGCAAUUUUAGACUGGCAAAGGAGGACGAUGGAGAUGAUGUACUCUGAUGUUGCGGAGGCUCUUCGGAAGAAAGGACUAGUGAAUCCAAACCUAAGGGAGUAUUUAACAUUUUUUUGCCUUGGAAAGCGGGAGAUGAAGGUGGAAGGAGAGUACCAACCACCGCAGAGACCCCCACCUAAUUCUGACUACGCCAGAGCUCAGGAGUCGCGACGUUUCAUGAUCUAUGUACACUCAAAGAUGAUGAUAGUGGAUGAUGAAUACAUAAUUGUUGGAUCUGCUAACAUAAAUCAAAGAUCAAUGGCUGGUUCAAGGGACUCCGAGAUAGCAAUUGGGGCAUUUCAGCCGCAUCAUUUAGCAACCGAUAGGCCAGCAAGGGGCCAGAUUUUCGGUUUUCGUAUGUCUCUAUGGGAAGAGCACCUUGGAGGAACUCAUGAGGAAUUCCAUCACCCAGAAAGUUUGGCAUGUAUCCAGCGAUUGAAUUCGGCAGCGGAUAAACUCUGGGACAAUUAUUCCUGUGAAACUUUUGAUCCUAAUCUUAAAGGUCACCUACUUCGGUACCCCGUUGACAUUGCCAAUUAUUCCGGAGGAGUUGCAGCCAUACCUGGAAUGGAACAUUUCCCUGACACCAAGGCUAGAGUCCUUGGCAGCAAAUCUGAGUUCCUUCCUGCAAUACUCACCACGUAGUGGCUCAACAAUCUCUAGAGUUAACAAAUUAUAUUUGCUUACUUUCUAAAUUGCUUAAGUUAGGAUUACUGCUUGUAAUAAUGAUUGUAAAAUACCAACAAGAGUUUGACUAAGUUGGUAUAUAUGCACUAACUUUAAAAUUAAUCUUGAUUUAAAAUCAAGAUUAAAGUUUUAA